GAGAAGACUCUUCCUAACCGCACGUUACCUCAGACCUUUUAAACGGUGGCAAUCGCAGGUUGUAAUAAGAGUCCGCCCAGACUGCUUCGCUUUCAUCAUCUGAAGAUCAGGAAAGAGGCUUGGGAAUGGAAGUCUGAUAAAUUUCAUCUGGUCCUGAGGCAAAAUGACCACAACAGAGGAAGGAGUUCUUCAGUUUCCCGUUCAGCUAGAGCAAGGGCCGCAGACUGAUAUUAAAAUGGAGGAGGAAAGCUCAACAGGUCCCCAGUUGAGUGAAGAGGAGUCAAGGAAAGCCCCUCAUGUCCUCCAAGCUGGGACUAUCGGGGGAUUCCUGCAAAGGAGUCCAGGAGAAGAUGUGAAACAGGAACAAGAUGAGGGGCAGCUUCAGAGAUGGGAAGUCCAAUGGCAGGAGUUCCUGAAGACAAUGGAGGGCUCUCAGUCAAGCUGGAAGAAUCCACAGUUGAGGGGUGAAUGUGUCUCUUCAGGUGAAGUUCGGCCUGUUCCACCUCUGCUUCAAGGACAGCCAGUCACCCUCUGCCACACUGUGGGAGAGCACGUCUCCCGGGACCUACCAGAUCCUUGUGAACCUCACGGGCGAGCCCAUAACAGGCUUGAAUGUGGAGACUUUGGGCAAGUGAAGGAAAAAACGGAAGGCCAGGAGGCCCUUGGCACAGAAGUACAGCGCCAGUGCUUCAGGCAGUUCCUCUACCUGGAGGCCGAGGGCCCCCUCAGUGUUUGCUGCCAGCUCCGGGAACUUUGCCAUCGGUGGCUGCAGCCCGAAAGACGCACCAAGGAGCAGAUCCUGGAGCUGGUGAUCCUGGAGCAGUUCCUGGCCAUCCUGCCCCCGGAGAUGUUGAACUGGGUGAAGCAACAUGGCCCAGAGACCUGCUCCCAGGCGGCCACCCUGGCGGAGGAGUUCCUGCUGGAAAAGCAAGCAGCAGAAGGACCAGAAGAGCAAGAUCUUCAUUUCCAUUUCAGGGGCUGGAGCCGAGGGACGAGGCAGCGCGGGACACCUCCAAAGCCGCAUGGGCUCCCUCGGACUGCUGGCAAAUGCCAGUCAACAGGGAGGCACAACAGGAGGGUGACGCAGGAGGCAGAAGUUGCCUGGCAGGCAAACGGUUCAAAAGUGCGAACGAGGAAGAGAAAUUCGGUCUGGAAGGAUCUGACCACAUGGCUGCCAGUGACGUCUCCGAGGGAAGAGUAAACGUGAUGCAUUUCCAGAGUCAUAGAGGGGAAUCACAGCGUACACACUGGCCGGAACAGAAGGGAAUAUGCUCCAGGGCAGGAAUACGAGGGCCAGUUCCUUCUCAGGGCCCCAAACCAGUCUUCAAAACCGUCAUACAACACAGAAUUCACCCAGGGCAGAAACUGCCCACAGUCGAUGGAAGAAGCUUCCGGCAGUCAUCAGACCUUGUCAAAUCUGAGCACAU